UUCCACCGUAAUUUUUGAGUCAACUAUAGAGAAAUGUCAAUAUUUUAUUUUUAUCUCGCACUUUUCGCAAACGAAACUUAAAAUCUCAGAUAAUUCGCUUAUCGUGUGUGGUUUAAACAAAUAAUAUUAAUGUGUUUAACUGGGGAACAUAACAAGUAAUAUCUAAAUAUUUAAUUCAUUCUUGUAUUUGCUGCACGUAAGUGAAAAUGUCUAUUCAAUGGACAUUUGUUGCGGGAUACCUGUAUUUCGAAAUAGCGCUGGUGGCUCUCAUGAUAUUGCCCAUAAUCAGCCCGAGGUGGUGGCACCAGUUCUUUAGAUCUCGUUUGUUCGCAAUAUUCAAGUCGAACGCCGUGUUUUACUUCUGUUUUUUUCUUGCGUUCCUCGGCAUGUUGUUGAUCGACGCUAUAAGAGAGAUGAGGAAGUACUCGCACUCCACAGAUAGCGGUCAGAACCUCGCCAACGAGUUGAAAAAUAACGUUAAACUAUUCAGAGCACAGAGAAACUUUUACAUCACAGGUUUCGCGAUUUUUCUCACAUUCGUCAUACGCCGAUUGGUGACCAUGUUGAUCAUACAAGACGAGCUGAGUAUCAAAGCGGAGAAUAUAAUAAAGCAAGCUGAGGCCACUGUGAAGGAAGCUAAAUCAACAAUUCUAGCCAACACAUUGCAAGGUAACAACCAGACUAAAGAGCAUGACCUGCUAAAAGCACGGCUAGAAGUGACGAAGAAUGAUCUGCAAGCGGAACAAGAAAAGACUCAACAACUGCAAGAGGAAGUUGACAAAUGGAGGGCAAAGUAUUUGGAAAUCACAAAUGGAAAUGAGAGUAGCGAUUAUGAAUAAACUAUUGAUAAAUCUUGAGCCAAAAUCUACAAUAUCUAAAGAUAGCUUAUUAAAUCAUAAUAAUGUAUUCAAACAUUGUGUAAACACUUAAAUACUGCUCUGAUGUAUUAUAAAUAAUAUUUACUUACCUAUAUGACAUUAUGUAUACUUUGCAUUGAAACUAUGUUCAUGUUCUCAAAAUAUGCAUUAUUGUUUAAAUAUUAAGCCAUAAACUUUUCUUCUAAGUGUAGAUUUUGUAUAACAGAUAUCACAUACAACUUAUAAAAGUUGCAUUAUAGAUAUUUUAUAAACAGCUUGUAAAUACUAAAUAUACCAUAGAACAAAAAAAAAUUAGAAAGGCCUCUAACAUUGUACCCCAUUGUCAAAUUUUCAAAUAUGUAUGUGUCUACUGUGAUUUCCUGUGAAUUGGUGCUUGAUUAGGUGUAUUUAUCAAAAUUGUAUAUUUGAAAUGUUUUUCUAGUCUCCGAUGGACAAGUAUAAGGAUAGUCGCUAAAAGUUAAGGCUGUGCCUAGAAACAUUUUUUUAAUCUCAUAAUAUUAAUAUUAUCAUAAAAGUUGCAGGAGGUUGCUGGAUGCGGACCACUUCCAAUAGGUUGAUCUGGAAAUCUUUGGGGGAGGCCCAUGUUCAGCAGUGGACAUCCUGUAGCUGAUGAUGAAUAUUUAUAGGAGGCAAGUGAGAAAGCACUGAUUAUUUUAAUCAUUGUCGUUUGUUUAUUUACUUAAGAAUUAGGAAUGGGAUACAAAAAGAUUGACAUAUUGAGAUUAAAAUAUUUUUAGACGAGGCCUGUAGAUUGUGAGAAUUAACUUGUUAACAAUAAGUAUUAGAUUUGUUGCUUUCAUUAACUAUCUUUGUGUUUAUAACUAGUGUUUAUAAAUGUGCAAUAUUGAUGUAGUAUUUUAAGUUAUUUGACUAUGCAUUUUUGGUGUGUAAUGUGUACAAGCAUUUUAUAAGGGUGUAGGUAUUCCUUUAUAGAAUACAUACAUAUAAAGGAUUUUCAAGUGAGCAUAAUAUGUAAAUUAUAUACAUAAGCAAACAAAGAGCAAGCUUAUAUCUCAUUUUAAUGCCACUGCCUAUGUAUUAAUUCAUAUACAUACCAAAAAUAAAUAGCAACAUAAAAAUAUAAUAAUACCUAUUUUGUAUUAAUAACUGUCUUUAUAAUAAUAAUUUUAGUGUGUAAUGGAAACAACAGAACAUAAGGACUAUAUAAGUAAUAGGUAUUAGUGUGUAAAAUGCUUAGCUAUAAAAAUAAUACUUUGUCUUCUGCCAGUGCAUUUAUUGUUAUUUAUACUUUUUCUAUUUUAUAUUUGGAGAAGGAAACGCAAAAAUAAGAAUACAAAGAAUACUUUCUGUGAAUGUAAUAACAGAAAAGUGGGUAUGUUGAUAUUUACUCACAUUUAAUUUUGUUCAUUCCCUGAGCAUUAAACAAUAUUAUUCUGCUUAUAAUUUCCUUAUUUCUGUGUUAUUUAAAGAAAUGGCUUAUAUUUUAAUGCAUUAAUAUUUCUGGUCUCUUUUCAACUUUGGUUAUAUAUUUAUCUUUAAGAAUUUUUAUUAUAAAUAUAAAUAUCUCAUAGUAUGUACUUACUCCAAAGAUCUAUCAAGUAAUAUGUUUUUAUCCUAAGAGCAGCACACUGUGAACUGGUUAUAUAUUAUUAGAUGAUCUUUUACUGAAAAUUGUGAUUAAAUUAAAAAAUGUUUUUUAUUAUUUUUUAUGAAUAAAUUGUUUCAAAGAUUGA